UCAUUCCAGUUUCAUCUUUUCUUGAUUUCCAUUCUAAUUUAUGUGUUUCAAUCCCAUUUCGUUCUCAAUUCUAGGGUUUUCUUACUUUAUUGUCCUGAUUUGGUGUUCUUGAUUUCUAUAUAUUAUAUAUAUACACACAUAUGUACCUUUGAAGUAUUUUUCUAUUUGGCGUUCGAUUUUAUUGACUACUUCUUGGCGAUAGCCAGUCCUUGUCAUUGUGGGAAUUUGGAAGAAAUUACACCAGCAAGGUUAACAAUUUUAUGCCAUUUUUUAUGCGUAUUUAGUUUCAUUAAUCAUGUCUUCAUCUGAAAUUUCCCAGAAUUUGAUCUGAUCUUCUUUCUUUCAUAACCCUAGAUUUAAGAAAACUUGAACAUCACUGUAGACUUCAUUAAUAAUUCAAAAUUGCAAUUGGUUUGGUUAAGAAAUAUCAAUGUGUGUCGAAAUCUAAUUUGUUAUAUAGUUAUUGAUAUAUCGACUUAUUUCAAGGAUACCAUUCCAAUUUGUGUCAUUUUAGAUUUUGAGUUUUGGUAUCAGGUAGGGUGAUUGCUCAUAAAGUAUAUAUUUCUUAGUUAUUAUCACUACCUGUUUGUGUGUGUGUAUAUAUAUCUUAGUUAGUAUCAAGGCUAACUAUCUGUUGAACAACUAUCCUCACCAUUUUUGGCAUGGCUCCCGUUGUUCAUCAUCAUUUUGGCACGACUCCUGUUCAUCAUCUGUAUGUAUAUGUCAGCUAUCUCAUGUGUGUAAUGUGUUGCAUUCUUGUUUUUCAUUUUUAUUAGAUUUUCUGUUAACUAGUGGAGGCUAGAAGCUUUUAGGAAAGCUAAAUACAUGGCAUUGACUUAUGUGUGCUAUGAAUUCAAAUGGAUACUUCAAUGCUGCAUGUUGUAAAGGUUGAUACCCAUUUCUCCAUUGUGAUAUAUUGUGAUAUUCUUUUAGCAUUUGCAAUGGCACCGUGUUUUCUCUUUCCAAAAAGAAACAUCAGUUAGCAGAUCUUUUGGCCCAGGGCACAUUAUUUUUUCAGCAAGUUCAGGGUUCUAAACCGUCUCUUCACCUUUCCACUUAUAGAGGGUGGAGCUGUGGGUGUGUUAUCUAAAAAUGUCAUAGUUCAGGGUCUAACAUGUGACUAUUUUUCAGAUAUUUCAUGGUAGUUGUAGUGGUUACGUUGGAACCCACAGUUUGUUGUGAAUAGCUUUCCCCUGCACAAUUUUCUGCAUAUUCUUUUGUAUCAUCCAAGUCUGAAUGAGUUUGUAUCGCCCAAUUCAUUUCCUAUAUCUAUUUGACAUUUGAUGGUUGUAACUGCCCAAAAUCUUCCAUGUGACGAGAAAUUGAGAAUAUUUAUUAUUAAUUAGGGUAUGCUUUUGCAGAUGGAAGACCACCUGGUUUUGCGUGUUGAUCAGCUGGUGAGUAAUAAAUCAUUGCAUUCAUCAGAAUCGGUGGAUGCUCCAGGAUUAUCCCCAGAUGCUUCCAGCAGUCAUGCUACUGGUGCGUCUAUUUCUGUAACUGACACGAAGGAAGAUGCGGAAUACGAUGAAAGUGGUGAAGAAGAGCCACUUAUUCAGUCGAUUGAAUGCCGCAUAUGCCAGGAGGAGGAUAGCAUAAAAAACCUGGAGGUUCCUUGUGCUUGUAGUGGCAGCCUCAAGUUUGCUCAUAGGAAGUGUGUUCAACGAUGGUGCAACGAAAAAGGAGAUAUAAUUUGUGAAAUCUGUCAUCAGGCUUACUCACCUGGCUAUACCGCACCUCCUCAAUCAGAAGACACUGUCCUUGAUAUCAGUACAAGUUGGACACUUGCUGGUACUCCUUUAGACCUGAAUGAUCCUCGACUUUUGGCUAUGGCAGCUGCUGAGCGCAGUCUUCUGGAUGCCGAAUACGAUGAAUAUGAGGACACUAGUGCCAACGGAGCUUCAUUUUGCCGCUCAGCUGCUCUCAUAUUGAUGGCUCUCCUGCUCUUGAGGCAUGCUCUCGCACUCGGAGAUGGUGAUGAUGAUGGUGAUGAUGCUUCUGCCUUUUUUGCACUUUUCAUGCUUCGGGCAGCUGGUUUUCUCCUUCCUUGCUACAUCAUGGCCUGGGCAAUCAGCAUCUUGCAGCGUCGUAGGCAAGCACAGGAAGCUGAGAGACUGGCGGGACUGGCGGCAGCCGCUGAUGUUGCAUUCAUGAUGCAGGCAGGGCAGCAUAGAGGUUUGCAGGUCACCAUUGCACCAGGGCCUGCUGUUCCACCAACACCUGCAGUGAUACCGGCUCAGGCAGUGGGACCUACCCACGAACCAUUUCAAUAGUAUAUAUGCUUCCCGAGGUUGGACUACUAGCUUAAAUAUGCACACAGACAACCACGACUGAAUUGUUGUCCUGUUGUUUUUUACCACACAAUUUGCAGUAUGACGAAAACUAAGAAGGGUUGCAUCUUCUUCUCCUUGCUUCCCAAUACGUCACUAAAAAGCUUUUACCAACUCGAUCGUGUUCUGUAAACUAAUCUUAACCGUCUAUUUGUGCAUAUAUUGCUGAAAUUUGUGGCUUCUUUUAAAGCUUCAGUGAUUUCUAUU